AUUGGAAUUUGGAAUGGGUUAUUUUGAUUUUAAUUGUUUGGUUGGGUGGAAUCAGAAUCUCAUUCCCAUUUUCAUCCUGCURGAAUCACAUUCCUUCAAUUCUCUACUCCCUUAGGAAUGAAAUUCUAUUCCUUCUGAUUCCAAUUCCCAUUCUCAUUCCUGUCUGAACCAAAACAGAGUGGGAAUGGAUCAUACCGAUUCUGAUUGUGAACCAAACGGACCAUUUUGAWAGUUUAUGGAAAGUAUAAACUAUCCACGUACACUAGAGAAAUGGUGGAAUUUGGGUCAUCAAAUACGAGGCUUAGAUGCUUAAACUAGGCAAAUAUUUAGUGGAAUGCUUUGUUUUAAGAUGGCUUCUCAAAACUCAAAUGAUGUGCUUGUUUGGGAGAGUUUUCGCGCAGCGGCUUGACCAUGACCAUUCAAGACCUUUUUCCAAAGCUUAUAAGCCGGAUAUUACUUAAUAUCCAAAGACUCGACUCGGAGAAGACGAGGAAGAAGUGAUAAAACACUAAUCGGAGAUGUCAAGGGGGAUGAGUUACCCGAGCUCCUCGGCCGGCAUUGGAGCAGCAGGGUUGGGAGGAGGAGUAGGAGGUCGGUCAUGGCCGUCGACCACUUCUGUGUCGGCCUCAGGGAAGAGAAUACAGAAGGAGAUACAAGAAUUCAACAUGGACCCACCUACCGACUGUUCUGCUGGACCCAAAGGUGACAAUCUCUAUCAGUGGAUCUCCACCUUUUCAUUGGUCCUCCAGGCGGGCACACCAUAUCAGGGUGGGAUAUUUUUUCUGGACAUUACAUUUCCACAUGAUUAUCCAUUCAAACCACCCAAGGUAGUAUUCAAAACUAGGAUCUACCACUGCAAUGUUGGUGCUGAAUGAAACUUGACUUUGGGGAUCUUGAAAUAUGGCUGAAGUCCUGCUCUAACCAUCUCAAAGGUGCUACUUGCAAUCAAAUCAAUAUUCAGAAAUCCGGACCCAAAUACACCUCUCGUGUCUGGCAUUACUCGCUUGUACUUGACUGACAGAACUAAACAUGAUGAAAUAGCUGCAGAGUGGACAAUGCGAUUUGCUAGAUAAAGUUUCAUCAAUUUGAUUACAGAGCAUUUAGAAUUGCUGAUGUCAAUGUUAUAAGCAAAAGGAACCAUAACCCAAUAGUAAACCGUGAAUACUAGAWGUAUUUUUUUUGUCUUUUUUGUAAAUCCCAACUUUUCCCAUCUGUUGAUGAUUCAUUGGAUAAUUGUGGGAUGACUCCAUAUAUUUGGUAUGUUUAUGGCCAAAAGUAUUCUUCCUUUGGAUCAUUGGAUGUGAUGAUGAUGAUGAUGUUUAAACAGGAUAUCAAAAUACUCUUUAUCAAUUUGUAUCA